CAUUUCUCGUUGAAAACGAAAAGCCAUUCCUUAUUCUAUAAUUCGUAUCGUAUUCUAGAGAAAUAAAGUUUCUUAUUUUUUAACCAGUUUCAUUUAUCGUUUUCAUUUUAGUAUUUAGUUGUUCUUUAGUGUUUGGUCAUUCUAGAUCUAGAGUCGGGAUUUGGAGUUCAAGAACCAAAAGAAUUUGAAUUUUGUCGCGUUAUCUGUUAUUACUUAAACCCUUAUACAACUUUCCCCGGGUUAAAAUAAAAAGAUCUAUGAACUUGGAACACCACUGUCUAAAACACGAACUAACAUUGAAUUCAGCAAUAAAAAUAAAUCCUUCUUUUCAAAGUGGCUGUGAAUCAACGAUAAUUUAAGUGAAAAUAAUUCAAUGUCAUAAGCUAAAAAGUGAUUGAUUUUGCUAAUUGAUUGCCAUGUUAAUGUUAUACCUAAAUCAAAACUGCCGAUGUGAAGAAAAUUAGCGAGAAGACAAGCAAGUUCAUAAUUGCAAGUUCAUUCUUCUGACUGACACAAUAGAUAGCAAUAGCAAGUCUUCAUUUCAUAAACUUAAACACCAUGUCACUUUUCACGGCCUGGGAUUAUUUGGUACUUCUUUUGGUGUUGGCUUUCUCGGCUGCGAUUGGUGUUUAUUAUCGCCUGACCGGCGGCAGGCAAAAGACAACAAAAGAAUACCUUCUCGCUGAUGGUAAUAUGCCGGCAUGGCCUGUGUCAUUCAGCUUGAUGGCGAGUUUUAUGUCGGCAAUAACCCUUUUGGGGGUUUCAAUGGAAAGCUACCAGUAUGGUAUGAUGUUUGUUUGGAUAAAUGUGUCAUAUGUUGCGAGUACACCCAUCGCCGCCUAUUGGUUUCUACCGGUUUUCUAUAAUAUGCGGAAUACGAGUGUUUAUGAAUAUCUCGAGAGGAGAUUUGGCUUCACGACGAGACUUGUUGCUUCCAUAGCGUUUUCCGUCCAAAUGAUCUUGUAUAUGGGAAUUGUCCUUUACGCUCCUGCUCUGGCCCUGGAGGCUGUAACUGGGAUAAGUAAGACAACUGCAAUCCUUACUCUUGGAUUCGUGUGCACUUUCUAUUCCACACUUGGGGGUAUGAAGGCGGUGCUUGUAACUGAUGUAUUUCAAUCAUUUCUUAUGUUUGCUGCAAUUUAUUGCGUCAUAUUUUGUUCUGCAUUUAAAGGAGAUGGAUUUAAAGCAAUAUGGGAUACGGCUGCUGCAAAUGGACGUCUUAACUUCGAUGUAUUCGCACCUGAUCCCACAAUUCGGCACAGUUUCUGGUCACUAACCAUCGGUGGUUCGGUUACUUAUCUCAGCCUGUAUGCCAUUAAUCAAGGUCAAGUUCAACGUCUGAUGUCCGUUAAGAGUUUGAAGGGUGCCCAGCGGGCUCUAUGGCUUAAUCUUCCGAUUUUAUGUUCUAUAAGUUUUUCAACUCUAUUUAGUGGCCUGGCUAUAUAUUAUUACUACAAAGGCUGUGAUCCAGUGCUACAAGGAAGAGCGAAAGUAAGGGACCAACUUAUGCCAUUGUUUGUUGUUGACACAAUGUCAAAAUAUCCUGGACUAUCGGGACUCUUUGUUUCGGGGAUCUUCUCUGCAAGUCUAUCAUCGAUAAGCUCGACUGUAAGCUCUUUAGUAGCUGUUACGUUAGAGGAUUAUAUGAAGCCUUUUUGUAAAAAAAUCUUAAAGAAACCCAUGACUGAAAAUAGCACCACACUUCCCUCGAAAAUUAUGGUAUUCAUUUUUGGAAUAAUAUGUAUUUGUUUGGCGUUCUGUGCGGGAGCACUUGGCGGAGUACUUCAAGCUUCUUUGACUAUAUUCGGAGUUGUUGGAGGACCGCUUUUGGGUCUUUUUACAUUGGGUAUGUUCACAACAAAAGCUAACCAGCGUGGAGCGUUAUUGGGACUUUUGGUGGGUUUUACUUUCUCCUUUUGGAUUGGAUUCGGUCAACCAAAGCCACCGACACCAGCUCUUCCUCUAACAGCCAAUGAGUGUGUCUCUUUUAAUGCAACGACCUCAAGUACUUUUGUGCCCCUCGGUCCCGAUAACACCGAAUAUUUCUACUUGUUUCGAAUUUCAUAUCUUUUUGUUGCUGUUCUCGGUUUUUUAAUAACCAUUUUAAUUGGAUAUCUUUCAAGCAUUAUUAUGGAGACAUUAUACUUGGCUGAUAAUUCCUCAAUAUAUUUGGAUGCAGCCAAAACACAACUGGACUACGAUCUAUUUGCACCGCCAAUAUCAAAUUACUUAAAACGAAAAUCCUUAGCACAAGUGAAAUCAGGUGAAAAUGAUUACUGUUUAAAAAAUACCGAAUUUUGAUUAGAUUUAAGACUUAUUUACUUAGCGAAAAAACAAGUUAAGAUUUUUAGUUGCUAAUUUUUAAAAUAGACAACAUUUUACGAUGUGAUGGUAAGUUUUAUGGUGCUGGGCACUUAAGACAAUAGAAACAAACAAUGUUCACCUCUUUUAUUUUAUAUAAGAUUAAGUUUAUGAUCAUUUCCAUGGCUUUAUAUUUUAACUUAAUUUAAUUAUCUCAUUUUGUUAUAAUAAUAAGACUAUAAGUCCCAUAAGAAAACAAAUUAUUUUUCGAAUAUAUUUUAAUAAAAGACAAAAACUUAAAAAUACAUAAA